GCGAGGAAAGUACACUGUUCUAUAUAAUCUUCUUAAUGCUGCAGGUAUUAGUGUGGAUUGGACACUCCUCUUGCUGUGUGUCCUUCAUACCUGACCCUCAGCAGAUUUGAGCUGGUGGAGAUUUGCUGGUGAUGGGGGCAUUCCCUACUCCCAUGUCCUUAGUCUCCAUGUCCGAGGCAGUUCACUGAAGACUACGGGGGCAAAUGAUUUCACCAAGUUACCUGCAGGUUGCUAUGUUAAGGAUUUACAAUAAUGCCCGGCUGAUAUCUACAAAUCUAUUAGGGUCCAAGCAUGAAAUGCAGCAAGACAAGGACAAGACAAUAUGAAAAAUCAUUUAUAACAAAAUAAGUCCCUGUACUGAUAAAUUUGGAGAAUACUGCAUUUUUCCUGACAAAAGCUGGUAUUUGCCACAAACUAUUAAAAUGCAUUUCCGCAGGAGAAAAAGGCUGCAGUGGAACAGAAUAUUGUUCCUAGUGUCUGCCAUGUUUCUCUGCUCAUUGUACCAGCUGUCUGUCAACCAUAAUGUGGGUGCAGGACCUUGGACUGAGACUGAACUGGAGGAUCAUAUCUCUGUGAGGGAGAUACAAGAAAAGGAGCUUAUCAGUAUGUCUGUUAGAGACCUAGGAAACCAGUCAAUCACAACAACCACUUCUACUUCUACCUCUACCCCCACUACAGAAAAAAUAAGAGAAAGGACCAAAAUUAGACACUGUGUUGAUGUGGAACCAGAUCCAAUAACACCACCCAUCAAACCAAGACCUACUACCACUGUAACAACAACCACCACAGAAAAGACUAAAAGUCCCACAAAGCCACCUUUGCCUCAUGCCAAAGGAGAGUACCCAGAGGACUUGUUCAGCAUAGAGGAACGCAGGAGAGGUUGGGUGUCACUUCACAUCUUUGGCAUGAUGUAUGUAUUUGUGGCCCUAGCUAUUGUUUGUGAUGAAUUCUUUGUCCCAGCUUUGGGGGUGAUCACUGAGAAGUUACAGAUUUCUGAAGACGUCGCUGGUGCAACUUUUAUGGCUGCUGGAGGUUCAGCACCUGAACUCUUUACAUCCCUUAUCGGUGUAUUUAUUUCUCACAGCAAUGUUGGCAUUGGCACCAUUGUGGGCUCUGCUGUUUUUAACAUAUUGUUUGUUAUCGGCACAUGUGCCCUCUUCUCAAGGGAGAUCCUUAACUUGACUUGGUGGCCUCUCUUUAGAGAUGUCUCCUUCUAUAUCCUUGAUUUGAUCAUGCUCAUCAUUUUCUUCCUGGAUAACGUGAUCCAGUGGUGGGAGAGCAUGCUGCUGCUACUGGCCUAUGGGCUAUAUGUGGGCUUCAUGAAGCUUAAUGUACAGGUGGAGAGACUGGUGAAAGGGCAGCUCUCCAAACAGAGGCGUCUUGUCAAAGUCAUGGCCUUGGAGGACACAUCAAAGAAAGGCAAUGGAGCAGUUGCACAGGAUGAACCAAAGCCGGUUGAGGACAACAACAGGUUAAGACUGAAACCAUUCCUAACUAGAGGGGGGAGCUCCGCCUCACUGCACAACAGCACCAUGCGCAGCACCAUCUUCCAGCUUAUGAUCCAUACCUUGGACCCUCUUGGAGAAGCUUCCAAUUUAAACCAGUGCAGACCGUGUUACCCAGAAAAUGGAGCAAAAUUUAAAGACAAGGCUGAAAUCAUGAACAACCUGGCCAAGGCCAAGGUAGAAACAGAGGCCAAAAAAGGACUGAAAGCCAAAGAUGAUAAAGAUGAAACUGAUGUCCCCAAUACCGUAAAUGUAGAAGUGACACCACCCACGGGCUCUGAGCCCUCUGGAGAUGCUGAGGACGAAGUAAUGGACAAGGAUGACAUUAAGAGGGGCAGAGGAGAAGGAGGUGGUGGAGGAGACAGCUCUGGCAGCAGUGGUGAUGAAAGUGAUGACGAUAGUGAUGAUGAGGACAGUGAUGAUGAUGAUGAUGAUGAUGAUGAUGAUGAUGAUGAUGAUGGAGAAGGGGAAGAAGAGGAAGAAGCGGAUGAACCUUUGUCUCUGGAGUGGCCAGAAACUAAGAGAAAGCAGAUCACUUACCUGUUCCUUCUGCCCAUAGUAUUCCCUCUUUGGCUGACACUGCCCGAUGUUAGGACUCCGAAAUCUCGCAACUAUUUUGUGCUGACGUUCCUGGGAUCUAUUAUGUGGAUUGCUGUAUUCUCUUACCUGAUGGUAUGGUGGGCACACCAGGUGGGAGAAACAAUAGGGAUAUCGGAGGAGAUCAUGGGACUGACCAUCCUGGCAGCCGGCACAUCUAUUCCAGACCUCAUCACUAGUGUCAUUGUAGCCAGGAAGGGCCUGGGGGAUAUGGCUGUCUCCAGCUCUGUGGGGAGCAAUAUCUUUGACAUAACCGUUGGUUUGCCAGUUCCGUGGUUCCUGUUUUCGGUGUUCAAUGGCUUCAGCCCUGUGCCAGUCAGCAGCAACGGCCUCUUCUGCGCCAUCGUCCUCCUCUUCCUCAUGCUCCUCUUUGUCAUAUUCUCAAUUGCUGCCUGCAAGUGGAAAAUGAACAAGUUUCUGGGAUUCACCAUGUUCAUCCUGUACUUUGUGUUUGUCAUUGUCAGUGUCAUGCUAGAGGACAGGAUCAUUGUGUGCCCCAUUUCCAUAUGAACCAACCCCGCUGGCAUGCUCGGCAAUCACACGUAGCCACUCCGUUCAGCUCUUUUCAUUAGGAAGCCCGCCAGUUCAUUAUAUUAUAUACAUUCCUCAGUAUUUUGUGCAAAUUCUUCACGUUAUAGGACUGACCUUACAAUGAAUAUAUUUUGUUAUUCCUUUUUUUUAUACAUAUAUACAUAUAUAAAUACAUGUAAUAUGGUUCAUUUCUAUAGAAACCAGAGUAUUCCAAGAAAACACUGUAUUACAGUCCUUCCUGGAGGCCUUAGAGUUAUAUAUUCCUCAUUAAGUAACUGUAGAUAAACUUGGGGGUCCACAGGCUGCAGGUCUGCAGCUCUUGGUCUGCAAGAAUUGGCUCUGUCUGCUCCAUAGACAAAAAGGCACCACAUCAUCCACUUAUAUUUCUAUAUAGACUUGUAAAGUCCUUUACUAGAAACAACUGCUUGGACACUUGGCCCCAAAUAAAGACACCAAAAGAGCAGGUCAAACACAGUCCUUCAGCUCGAGCGAGAUGUGCACAGCAAAAAAACUGGCCAGCCAAUGGUUCCAAGGCCAGAUAUCCUAGGCUAGAGUAUGGUAUGUACAACGACGAUUGGGGUUUGCAUAGCCAAGGGUGUAGUUGACUCCCUGCUGAGGAAUGUAAUGUAUAUGGCUAUAGAGAUGUGUCAGGGUAUCUGUGCAGGCAGUGAUUUGGGAUUCCUAGUGGUACUUUGCCUGCAGUGUAUAUUUCCAUAACAAUUACCAAUAAACUACAAUUAAAACCA